CGUUGCUUUCUGGAACAUUCUCGCAAGUAAACCGUUCCUAGGUCUGCAGGAGUGUUUGGAAGAGAAGUCAGGAGGAAACGGUGAUCCGACAGCCACCUGGGACAGGCCUGUGGGUGAUGGAGCCCCCUGGAAGCCCAGCGCCGGGGAGCCUUGCGCCCAGAGCGCAGGCGGGGUUCAAGGCCCCGGGGCGCCCCCACGAACAGCCGGGCGGGGACCCGCAGCCGCUGGUCCUCUCCUGUUAGCAGGACUCCACAGGCUGGGGGGCUGGAACAGCACAUUUAUGUCCUCGCCGUCCCGAAGGCUGGAGGUCUGGGGUCAAGGUGUCGGCAGGAUUGUUGCUUCAGAGGCCGCUCUCCUUGGUGUGUGGACGGCUGUCUUCUCCCCGCGAGCUCACUGGGCCGUCCCUCUGAGUAAAGCCAAUUAUAACUAAUACGGAUGGCCACCCAGUUACUGGGUGGAUGGAGGAUACACGAUUGUUGAUUUUUGUCAUGUGAGGACUGGUUAACACUCAUCUUGAGAACAGGGUGUGAAGGAAGAUUGAAAAUGAAGGCAUCUCUAAAAGAGUCACUCAAAAGAAAGUCGGAAGGACAUUGAGGAAGCAAGGUUUAUGCACAUCUCCUGUUUCAAUUUUCAGAACACCAUGAACUUUUGACUUUUGUCUUUUGCAGUGGGACCACCUCCUGGAACACAUCUUCCUACUGGGGACUGAAAUAGAGAUAAUGUAAUGCCUGUUAGCGCAAUAGCCAAUCACGGAUUAGACAGUCAGUUCAAACUCUGCCAGCACCAAUCAUAAUUCUUUCAAAACAACUUAUGUAACUGUGUAUUUUUCGCCUUUAUAAGCUUGCACUCCUUGCUAGCAAUUUGGAGCACACUGGAUUUUGACUCUGUGCCUCCCAGAUCCUAAUGCCUAAGACCCCAAAUAAAAGCUUUUGGAUGCUUUAUAGUCUUGCGGCCUUGACUGUGAAGAGGACAGUGCACAUCUGAGGAUUCUAACACUUCACAGUGCAGCUGUGCUGAGGCUCAUCAUCCACUCCGGUGCUCCGGUCCAAGCUCUCAGCAAGGGGAGCUCCGCGGGGAAACUGAGUCAGGACUUCACGGUCGGGGAGCCAGACACAGGUGGCCGGAGAUCCGAGCGCUGGGAGGCGGAUCUGCUCCCAGCCCAGGCCAGUCGGCCACAUGUGUCCGAACGGCUUGUCACUCAGCACGCAGGGGGCGGGGCCUGGGGGAUUGUCCAAUCAGGGGCGGCAGGGGCGGGGCCGAGGCGUGGAAGCCCCCGGUGGUUAACCGUACGCCCGCGCUCCGGGGGCGGUGCCCGGAAGACGAGCCAAUCAGACGCAGAGGCCCGGAGCGCCGUCCAAUCAGGGCGCAGAGGCCCGGAGCGCCGUCCAAUCAGGGCGGGGGAAGGGCGCGCUCCAGCCGCGUGUCCAUCGCUCCGCUGCCGUCCCGGCGCCCGUGCGCACCUGCCUCGCGCGGCCGCGGGUGUCCCCGUCCUCCUCGGUCUCGGCGGCCCGGGUCGCAGGGACAGCCCCGAGCGGGACGCGAGAUGGACUGCUGCUCGGGCCCCAGGCUCCCGGCACCUCCGGUCCAGCAGAAACAGGGCUUUUCCUCGGGAGGAGCAGCGACGGAAAGGAGGUUUGGCCGGAGUGGCCUCCCUGUGCUCCGAGCUUCCUUUGCUCAGGACUCGGCUCUUUGAAUUCUCGUGUGUUAGCAUCUACCCGUGUGCUGCCCCCAAGGUGACCCGUGUCCUGCCCCUUCCUGAUGGCCGCUGGACACGUGUCCACCACCAGGCGGUGUCACCUGACUGUGCCCUGUUGAAGAUGCCGGUGAAUAUGUCGGCAGUGUCCCUGCGGACGUCAUGGCUGCUGUGUGGUUGCUCAGCCCUGGUCUGUGUCGCUGGGCAGGUGCCCUCGACGCGGGUCACCCCGUGAGCUCCUCCCUCCUGGGCCUCAUGGGCCCGAGGUCCCAAGUCCAUGCUUCGGGGUUGUCAGCGUGCUGCGUCGGUCUUGUUUGGUCUCUGGGUGUAAACCCGUAUUAAUUAUUUACACCUGCAGAAAAUUGCAUAUCGUACAUCAAGGGAAGUUAAAAUUUAUAGAGAAACACGGAUGUGGUGUGUGAAUCUCACGUGGGCCGAUGCCUGGCCCUCGGGCACUGCGGGUUAUGCAGCUUCAUGUCCAGCUGGAGGGCGGGACGCGGGAUCUCCUUGGGGUCCCCCGUGGGCUCCUCUGAUCCCCACUAGGGCGGAGCAUCCUCACGGGUGGGGUUCCGCCUCCUGUGGAAGAGUUUCCAGCGUGUUGUCCCCUGUAGCCUGCGAGUCUGCGUGGAUGGACUCUCCACGUGUUUAAUACACUUGGCCUUCCCUGUGUCUUCCUGUGUUGGUCACCCUUCUUUUGUGCCAUGAGAGAACCCUUCCAUGGCUCAGGCAUAAACACACCUUCUGGAACCUCCUCCUUGUGUGUUCUGCUUGUUUCUACUACAGUGAAAUAAAUCCCCAGGAUCGGUUGUUGCCCGUAAAGUUGCCAAGGGAAAGGACCUCCUGUUCCCCUGCAGACAGCCAGUCCUCCCGGCCCCUGCGUCCAAGCGUCACCCCCUCUGCCCCUGCCCCGGAGCACCUGCUGUGCGUAGAUCCACUUGCCAGAAUCAGGGCAGGGGGAGGUGUCCGUGCUUUCCGCUCUUUUCCAUCAGGGUAUCUGUCCAUCCUUCACUGUUACUGCCAACCGUUCCAAUCACCGGUAACUUUAAAAUGAAAACUGUUGGUUAUUUUACCAUCAAAACCAAAUUUGUUCCGGAUUAGCAGAGAAUUGCCAUUGUGGAGUGUGAGGUCACAAAACCACAGGCAAUUUCUGGAAGGGGGGGGAAGGCUCUUUUACAGGGGAAAGGAGGAGCCAGGGUGGCUGUGGAAACACAAAGGUCUUGGAGGAAACCGACAGGUGGAAGCCCAGGGGCUCCUCAGUGGCUGGACGGUGGUGGGCGGUGGAGGGAGGUGGAGGCUGGCUCCCUCCCGCUGGGGCAGUGGAGUCCCAGGGAGAGUAGUGUGGACCUGCAGGGUGCUGGGCUUCCUGUGGGGCCCCCCAAUGAGGGCCAGGGCAGGGCAGGAGGGCCCCCCUGCUGGCCUCCCACUCUACCGCAGAGAACUUUGUGUGAAGUUCUUCUUUCCUUCAUUGGAACAACAUCUUUCCUUGGAGCAUCUCUGAGCGAGAGGCAGGUCUGCGGUACUGGUGGGCUUGUCCCUCAGCUUCAGGAAGGCUGGUCCCUCUCCUGGUCGUCAUGUCUUCUGUUGCGGGGAACGUGCAGAGCCGUGGAAGCCAGGCAGCAAAAUACGAGACCGGAGGAACAGAAUUCCGGAUCGUGUGACCGUUCUAAUCCAGGACCCCGGGCCUGAAGGCAGCCAGCGGAAAUGUUGACUGGCACCUGUUCCAACCUGGGGGAGGACGUCCUCCCUGUGGGCAAACCCGGAGUCCUGUGUGCCCUGGAGGUCCCUGCUCCGGGCGGCAGGAGAGCGGGAGAGGGGAUCCUGCAGGAGCUCGGGGAGAGAAUGAGGCCAGGGCUUUGGGCGGAGACAGGGCAGGACUCGGUCGUCUUUGAGGAUGUGGCCGUGUACUUCACCCCAGAAGAGUGGGCUUUGCUGGAUCGUGGUCAGAGGAGGCUCUACAGAGAUGUGAUGCUGGAGACCUGCAGGAACCUGGCUGCAGUGGAUUGUUGCACUCAAGUUAAACCUUGUGGAUCAAGAACUCAGCUGAAUAUUUUGGAGAGUGAACUAUCCAGUGAAGAGAAAAUAGUAAGAUUUACAAGAAAUGAUUCCUGGGCUCUUUUUGGAGAAAACCGAGUGUUUCAUAAUAUUGGAGAUCAGUUCCAAUCCCAGGAGAGGUGUCUGAGAAGUCAUUUGCUGGAGCGUGUCUGUGAGAGCAAUGAAGGUAAUCAAGGUGGAGACACCGUAAACCAGAUUACAGGUCUUACUGUGCACGAAGAUUGUCCUGCUGGAGAGAAAUCCUGUGAAUUUGCUAAGUGUAGAGAAGUCUUCAGAGAUGGUUCUUUCCUUGAGAACCCACAAAUAUUUCACCCUGGACACAAGCCUAAUCCCUGUGAGGAAUGUGGGCCAACCUGUAGCGGUGUCUUGAGCCUCAGCACUCAGGUGGAUGCAGAUCUUGUGAGGAAACCUUAUGAACAUCAGGACAUUGGGAGAGCACCUAAGAGAUACUCAAAUAGUCUGGGUAGUCAAAAAUCUUUAGAGUGCGGGAAAUGUGGAAAAACUUUCACUUGCACGUCAUCCUUUCAGGGUCAUGUGCAAGGUCACUGUGAACAGAGAGUCCAUGUGUGUGACGUGUGUGGGAAAACCUUUAUGUAUCAGUCCUAUCUUACACGUCACAUGAGAACCCACACUGGGGAGAGACCCUAUGAAUGUGUAGAGUGUGGGAAAGCCUACAGUUGCCUCUCAUAUUUUCGAGAACAUGUGAAAACGCACAGUGGAGAGAAACUCUAUGAAUGUAAGCAGUGUGGGAAAACGUUCAAAUAUCCUGCGUCCCUGCAAGGACACAUGAUGACGCAUACUGGAGAGAGACCUUAUCUGUGUCAACAAUGUGGGAAAGCCUUCAGUUGUCCCAAAUACUUCAGAAGACAUGUGAGAACACACAGUGGAGUGAAACCCUAUGAAUGUACGUUAUGUGGGAAAGCCUACAGUUGUUCCUUAUCCCUUCGGGAACAUGUGGGAACACACAGUGAAGAGAGACCCUAUAAAUGUAAGCAGUGUGGGAAGGCUUUCAGACAUCCUCGAUAUUUUCAAAGACAUGUGAGAAUGCACACUGGAGUGAAACCCUAUGAGUGUAAGGAGUGUGGGAAAGCCUAUAGUAGUUCCACAUCACUUCAGGAACACGUGAGGACACACACAGGGGAGAGGCCCUUUGAGUGUCAGCAGUGUGGGAAAGCCUUCACUCGUCACUCCUCCCUUCAAGGACACGUGAGAGCACACAGUUUGGAGAAACGUUACGAAUGUACACAGUGUGGGAAAGCCUUCCGUUGGUCCUCAUCCUUACAAAAACAUGUGAGAACGCACAGUGAGGAGAAACCCUAUGAAUGUCAGCAGUGUGGCAAAGCCUUCUGGUAUCCAGCCAACCUGAGAGCACAUGUGAAGACGCACACUGAGGACAGACCCUAUGAAUGUCCGCACUGUGGAAAAGCCUUCAGUUGUCACUCCUCCCUUCAAGUACAUGUGAGAAAACACAGUGGGGUGAAACCAUAUGAAUGUAAGGAGUGUGGGAAAGCCUUCUGGUAUCCUGUAAACCUGCGAGCCCAUGUGAGGACUCACACUGGGGAGAGACCCUAUGAAUGUCAGCAGUGUGGAAAAGCCUACAGGUGUCCUGCAAACCUGCGGGUACAUGUGAGGACUCACACUGGGGAGCGACCCUAUGAAUGUCAGCAGUGUGGGAAGGCCUUCAGGUAUCCUGCAAACCUGCGAGCGCAUGUGAGGACUCACACUGGGGAGAGACCCUAUGAAUGUCAGCAGUGUGGAAAGGCCUUCCGGUAUCCCACAAACCUGCGAGCACACGUGAGGACUCACACUGGGGAGAAACUCUGAAUAUGAGGACAGUGGGAAAGCCUUCAUUCUUCCUUAAAAUCUGUAAAUCCAAUCAGACACACUGGCAGGAAACCUUAUGAAUGUAAACAAUGUUGGAAAACCUUCAGAUAUAGCACCUCAAUUCUUUUGUAUAUAAAAACUCAGGGCUGGACAGCAAUCUGUAUUUGUUAUAAAUAUGGUUGUGCCUUAUAAGUGCCUCGCCCAUAACAAGGAUCUCUACUGUAUUUAUUUCCACUGCAUGUUUCUGAUGAAAACACUGAGAUAAAAUAUUCCCUUACCUGCCUUUUGUAUGAAAUAUAUUUUGUUAUCUCAUACAUGAAAAAAAAAUCUAUGAUUCUGUAAAACUUGUCUCUUUUCUAUUACAAUGUCUUUUGGACCCAGGAGUGAUAAGUGAUUUGUAUACAUAUCUUGCCUUCUGUUGUGGAUACUGGAAUUUCCGACUCCAUAUCUACCUUUCAUUUCUAUUUUUAUUAUUGAAAGAUGUAUCUUCACAUUUGCUCAUCACUGCUGUAUACCACACCUGUGUUCCUUACAGAAAUUAGUAAAUGUGCAGGAUGUUGUAAGA